GUAAUCGAUAUUUUUUUAUGAACUCGUCGAAUUUCAUUAUACGAUCAAAAUAAUCGUGUGCAUCUAAUUAUCGAACUACCAAGCUUUAGUUUUCAUUCCUGCAGCUAUCGGCGCUGUGAUCUGUUCUGACAAAUGGCCGAUAAACACACAGAAUAUAUAGUAAAGAGUUAAUAUUAGACAAAAUUUGGGAAGCUUUCAAAGUAGGAAAUUUGUAAGGAACAUUAAAUUUAAUAUUUUCCUUGUGAUGUACGUGGUGUUCUUAUAAAUAGUGUAUGUACGUUAUGCUUGCACAUCUAUAUGUCUUUGUAAAGAAGUAUUAAUAAUUUGAUGAUAGUAGUGAAAAUACAGAUAUGAAAAGUGAAACAUUGUGUAAACGUCGUUUCAGCCGGCCAAAAUCGAAAUACAUAUUAUUUAUUGUAUUUUUCACUGGUAUAAUAUUUUUUAUACAUCAAAUAUCUUAUCUCAAAGAAUUGAAUAGCGAGAUCGUAGGCAAAUUAAUAACCGGCUCCGUACGAACAUCUAAUUAUAUCGUAGCUGGAAAAGUACGUUCAAAAUGGAACGAACCGAAAUAUUCUAAAUUAAUACGAGAUAAAAAUGGUCGAACUGUUUCGUUACGUGGCACACGUAACGAAGAUAUCACCAAGUAUCUUCCAAAUGCUAGAGACAAGUUUGUCUGUUUCUCCUCGAAACAAGAAAUAGAUUUUAUUCAAAUAAAUGACGAUUAUUGUGAUUGUCCAUUAGAUGGUAGCGACGAACCAGGUACAAAUGCAUGUAACAAUGGUACGUUUUAUUGUGAGGGGUCUUCGUUAAAAUUUAAAGAAAAAAUUCCUUCCUAUAAAGUUAACGACGGUUAUUGUGACUGUUGCGAUGGCUCGGAUGAGUGGGCAGAAAUUUUAUUAUUAUAUAUCGCUAAUGUUUAUCGAAAAUACAAAUUAACUGUGAGGAUGCAACAUGAAUUGGAAAUUGAGAAGAAUGUUUGGGAUCCUCUCAACAUUUUUCACAUCACUGGAGAUUAUAAGUACGCUGUUAUUAUAUUAAAUAGUCCUAUAUGUUUGAAGCACAAUUUGAUGCUUCAACUUUGGGAAAAAGCACAAGUAACUAUUACUGUCGAUGGAGGUACACACAGAUGGUUAAAUUAUUUAAAGGAACAAGGAAUAGAUGUACUUAAUGGAAGUUAUAGUAAAUAUGUACCAACCUUUAUUUCCGGCGAUAUGGAUAGUUCUUCACCAUAUACCAUCCACAGAUUACAAGAUAUUGGUUCAAAAAUUAUCAUAACGCCUGAUCAAAUGUUUACAGAUUAUACAAAAGCAUUAAUGCAAUUGGAUCUUUAUAUUAAGAAAGAGAAUAUAAAUUUACAUGGUAUAUUUGUAAUAGUAGAAAAUUCAGGUAGAUUCGACCAUUUACUUGGCAAUAUUAAUACGCUUUAUAAAGCUGAUAAAAUUAUACAAAAUAUACAGAUAAUACAAGUUGCAAGUGAUUCAUUAACAUGGCUGUUAAAGCCAGGUUUUCACAGGAUAAAGAUACCUGACAUAUUGCUUCAAGAAAAUAAUUGGUGUGGGCUAUUGCCGAUAGGUGCACCUGUUAAUCAGAUAACGACGACUGGUUUAAAAUGGAAUUUAGAUAAUACAUCUAUGCAGUUUGGUGGUUUAGUGAGUACUUCAAAUACGUAUGACAAAUAUCCUGAAGUAACUAUAAAUACAGACAUAUCUUUAAUUUGGACCAUGGGGAUUGAACCGUUAAUGAAUACUAUAAAUGACAUGGAGAAUUUGUCGAUGAACGUUUAUUAAUAUUAUAUAGUAUUUUAUUAUAUCUUUCUUAGUUUAUUUAGUUUCUUAGUUUAUUUAUAUUACUUAUUUAUGAUAAAAAAUCUAAGAAACUUAUGAAAUAAGAAAGAUAUAUGGUUAUAAUCAAAGAACUUUCAUUUAUUAGUAUAUAUAUAAUUAUUAUUAUUAUUAUACAGUAAUAGAACAUUUUGUUAAAUUCGUAUUUGUGAAAUCUAGCUUAUUAUUUUUAAUUUGGAGCAGGUAUUAAUGAAAUCUCAGAAAUUUGUAUAUUAAAGCUGAUUUUGAUUUUUGUAAAUUAAGAAUUUCGAAGGUAUCUUUUCGAGAAUUAUAUGACUUUCAUAUACAUUCUUUGAAAAUAUUUUAUAUACCUGUUUACUUGAAAGCACAAAGUACUUAUUUGUUGCAAAUAUAAAAUGAAAUUAAUAAUAAUAAAUAAUUUUUUACUACAGAUUACUUCAGAAAGAAAUGACAAAUUUAAUUUUCGUUUACAAAAACAUUACUUAAUCCUUUGCACUCGGAUAUCCCCUGAGAGAAUAAAUGAUAAGAGAGGAUUUGAUAUGUAGUAUUGGUAUAUAGAUUUGGUAUGGAAAUGGUAUGCGAGUAUACCUUGUACGAUAUAAUGAAAUUUGAUAAAAUAAAGAAGCAAUCCUAAAACUGGAGAAAGAUUUUCAAAACUGAACUCAAUGCGUAUUGAAGCGUCGAGCAUUAUGGAUAAAUUCCUACACUAAUAAAUUAAAGAAUCAGGAAAGUAAUAUUGUUUUGGUAUAUAUCGUUUUGUGAUUUCAUAAUUUACGAUUUCUACAAUUAAAGAUUUCCAAACGAAUUAUUUACCGAUUUAUUAGAACAAUGGUAAAAUGACAAAACACGGGUGAGUCUUAUGAUAUAAACAGUAAUGAAGACGAAUUCCAGAUAGUACAUUUAUACAGACAUCUUAGAAAAAAUAAAUAUUAAUCCGAAAGAAAACGAUAGUAGUGAUAGUGAUAUCAUCCAACCAACAAGAAAACGAAGAAAUCUCGUAGAUAAUGAUAGCGAUGAAAAUGGUGUAGAAGAAUUGCUUCAAAGUUUAUCUACUGUGAAAAAUUAUAAGGAAUAAAAUUUUAAUUUUUUUAUAAAAAAUAUGUUCCUCAAUGUCUGCAAAUUUAUAUAAAUUAAGUAUCAUUAUAAUACAUUACUUGGCUCCAAAGCUAUCUUUUAUAAUAUAACGUGAUUCCUAAGUCCACGUUUUCGACAAAGUGCCGCCGAGUUGUUGGUAGGUAACGUCCGGAAUGGUUCCAAGUGCAAAGGAUUAAAAAACUUAUAUCUAGAUUAAUUAUUUUUAUUUAUUUUCGUACUUACUAUUCCUUUUUAAAACUUAUAUCACAAAUUAAUUAUACAUAGAAGAAUCUCUAUGCUGGAAAUAUAAAUAUUUAUCUUUUUCAGACAAACAGAUAUAUAAUUCUUUUAGAUAUCUUUUGAAUAUUUAUGGAAAGAAAAUAUUGUGUAUGCAGUAUUCCUACGCCCAUAAAAUAACAUGACAAUGUAACGUGUGUAAAUAAUACAUUUAUUUUUUUUAUUCACGAAUA